AUGAUGUGUCUGUUUUCACAUCUACUACUAAUUUUCUUCACGCUCUUUACCUCAGCGCUCUCCAAGACUCAUACUUUUGAUUGGGACGUGACUUAUGUAACCGCGAAUCCAGAUGGUGUAUUUGAAAGACGCAUGAUUGGGAUCAAUAAUCAGUGGCCAAACCCUACAAUCAAAGUGAAGAGAAAUGACCGAGUCAUUUUAAACCUCCACAACAGUUUGCCAGAUCGUAAUGCAUCGUUGCAUUUCCAUGGUUUAUUUCAAAAAGGCCAGAAUGGUCAAGAUGGACCAGAGUUGGUUACACAAUGUCCCAUUGCCCCUGGUUCAACAUUGACAUACGAUUUUGUUAUUGGCAACCAGACUGGUACAUAUUGGUACCAUUCGCAUAGUGGCACCCAGUACGGUGAUGGCUUAAGAGGAAUGUUUAUCAUUGAAGAAGACGAUUUUGACCAUUUGCCAUACAAAUUUGAUGAAGCUGUCGACCUUUCUGUGACUGAACACUAUCAUUUGGAAACUCCCCAGAUUAUGAAACAUUUUAUGUCGAGAUUUAAUCCCACAGGUGCAGAGCCAAUUCCUCAGAAUUCAUUAUUCAAUGAAACUAAAAAUGCUACAUGGACAGUAGAGCCAGACAAGACGUACCUUUUGAGGAUUGUUAAUAUGGGAUUAUUUGUUUCUCAGUACUUGUACAUUGAAGACCAUAAAUUUACAGUAGUGGAAAUCGAUGGUGUUCCAGUCGAACCAUACGAAACCGACUCUCUUUAUAUCACAGUUGGUCAAAGAUAUGCCGUGCUUGUUAGGACAAAGACAAGCACACCAAAAAAGAACUUUAGAUUUGCUAAUAUCUUGGAUGUAGAGAUGUUGGAUGAAAGACCAGAGGAUUUGGUGUUGGUGUCGACAAAUUAUAUGGUGUACAAUAAUAGCAAAGCCAAGAACCCACCACACUUGCCAUACCAUGAUUUUGAAGGUAUAGUUGAAAAGCUUGAAGGAUUUGAUGAUUUCGACUUGAAGCCGUCGAGUGGAGAAAAAUUAUUGCCAGAACCAGAUAUGACGAUUGCUGUGAACUUCUCAAUGGAAGUGUUGGGCGAUGGUGUUACUUAUGCUUUGUUCAAUGGUAAGUCGUAUACCCCACCUAAAGUUCCCACGUUGUACACUGUACUAUCGAGUGGUGAGUUGGCUACAAACCAGGAGAUUUAUGGCUCCAACACAAAUUCGUAUGUGUUGCAAGGAGGAGAAGUUAUUGAACUUGUUUUAAACAAUAAUGAUGAUGGAAAACACCCUUUCCAUCUACAUGGCCACAACUUCCAAGUCAUUGCAAGAAGCGAGGAAGGUGUUUCUGGUGAUCCUACAUUUUUUGAUCCCAAAAAUGAUUCAAUGACUGAAUACCCAGAAACUCCAAUGAUUAGAGAUACAAUUGAAGUUAAACCUAAUGGGUAUUUUGUGCUUCGUUUUGUUGCUGAAAACCCCGGGGUUUGGUUCUUUCAUUGCCAUGUCGAUUGGCAUUUGGAGCAAGGCUUGGCCUUGGUAUUUGUUGAAGACCCCGAGCAAAUACAAAAACACCAAAGCACAAUCAGCGAGAAUCAUAAACAAGUUUGUAAAGAUAUUCACGUUCCAGUCCAAGGUAACGCAGCAGGUAAUUUUGAGAACUUUUUGGACUUGACGGGACAAAACUUACAAGUUGCACCAUUGCCUGAGGGUUUCACAUCCAAGGGUUAUUUUGCCAUGGCUGCAUGUACCUUAAUUGCCAUCUAUGGACUUUGGUCUAUCUACAACUACGGUAUGGAAGAUGUCUCACAGGAUAACUCGGAAGUAGUUAUCGAUAAAUUGUACAAGAUCUUGAAUGAAUAUGGCGCUACGGGUUAG